AUGAGUGAUUUUCAAGAUGAGGGCAUUGCCAUUGUUGGAAUGGGCAAGUCAUCCUAUUCAUGUCGACUUCCUGGUGACGUCCAGGACCCCAAAUCUUUCUGGGAUCUUUUGGUGAGCCAGAAACUCGCACGCGGCCCUUUCCCAAGAAACCGUUUCAACGCCGAUGCUUUCUACAAUCCCCAAAAGGGACGCCCAGGGAAUAUGCGGUACACAGAGGGUUAUUGUAUCUCCAAUAAACUGGAGGAUUUCGAUGGUGGGUUUUUUGGCAUGACUGCCUCGGAUAUUCUGUGCCUCGAUCCUCAGCAGCGUCAAUUGCUUGAGUGCUGUUUCGAAUGUCUUGAAUCCGGAGGCAUAACGCUCGAAGAUGUUUCCAGCACCAUGACUGGUGUGUAUGUGGGCAACUUUGCCAGUGACUAUGAGACACUUGCAUUCAAAGAGCCUGAGAGGAUUGAAGGUAUGGCCGUUCUAGGAAUGGGCAGGACGACAGUGAGCAACCGCGUGAGCUACAUGUAUAACCUUCACGGACCAAGUGUGACUAUGGACACGGCAUGCUCUUCGACUCUGUAUGCACUACACUUUGCGGUUCAAGCGCUACGUAACGGCGAGAUUCCCGCGGCUUUUGUCGGUGGUGUCAACUUGAUACUCACGCUCGAGUAUCAUUUUGCGAUUGGCCAAAUUGGGGCCCUAUCCCCGACUGCGCAGUGUCAUGCAUUUGAUGCAUCCGCAGAUGGGUACUCCCGCGGAGAAGCCAUCAAUGUCCUGUACCUGAAGCGUGUAUCAGAUGCAAUUCGGGACGGCGAUCCUAUCCGUGGGGUCAUUCGAGGAUCCUCGUUGACUGCCAACGGUAAAAACAACGGAAUCACUCUUCCCAGUGCUCUUGCUCAAGAGCUGUCUAUUCGAAAGGCAUAUGAACAUUCAGGGCCUCUUGACUAUAAUUCAGUCGGUUACGUGGAAUGUCAUGGGACAGGAACUCCCGCAGGAGACCCGAUUGAGACAAGUGCUAUUGGUAAUGUGUUUGGAAGCCAUCGCGAGUGGCACGACCCAUUAUGCAUCGGGUCGACCAAGCCACAGGUAGGUCAUGGUGAGGCAUGCUCAGCAAUCACGAGUAUCAUGAAGGUAGUGCUGGCGAUGGAAAAUGGAAUUAUCCCUGGUACUAUCGGAGUCAAAAAGCUGAAUCCCGCUUUGGAUCUCAAAGGAGGCGCUCUGGCCGUGGUCACCAAGAAUAUUCCCUGGCCAGAAGGCAAGGCAAAGCGUUCAUCGGUCAACUCUUCCGGGUAUGGUGGUGCCAACGGGCAUGUUGUGAUUGACGGCGUUGAUGAGUAUUUCAAGAGCAUCGGUAUCUCUAACCCGUACAAUAUGGCUCCGGAAGUCAACCCUUAUAGCACGAUUCUUCAGAAAAAGUUCCUACUGCCGGUUAUGGGACAUGAUGGGUACUCUAUGCAAAAGUCAUUGGAGAUUGUGACUCUGUUGUUGGGUAACCAGACUCACGACUUCCAUGAGCUUCUGUAUACCAUGAUCGCUCGCCGAACGCGAUUCUCUCACCGUGCCAUAAUCCCAGUGGAAAUCAACGGCAAAAGAAAAUUGACCAUCGGAGACCCAAUAACUGGUCGUACUAACAAUAGCGUCCCAAUUGUAGCCUUCGUCUUCACUGGACAAGGCGCUCAAUGGGCAGGCAUGGGCAGCCAGUUGUUGGACUGCUACCCAUCAGUGCGAAAAACAUUCAAGAAUCUCAACAUAGCACUUUCGCGCCUGGAACAGCGACCAACAUGGACUCUCGAAGAAAUUCUCCUAGAGCCCGCAGAGACUAGCAAGAUUGGUGAAGUUUCCUUCUCCCAGCCUAUUUGCACCGCAGUUCAGAUUGCCAUCGUCAAUUUACUACGCGAAUGGGGGGUCAAACCUGAAGCUACUAUUGGCCAUUCAUCUGGUGAACUUGCCGCCGCCUAUGCAGCAAACCUAAUUACUGCGGAAGAUGCCAUCAUUGCUGCCUAUCUGAGAGGCGUGCACGCGACGCUCACUCAAGCUCCAGGUACCAUGAUGGCCGUAGCACUUAGUUCGAGCGAGGCCGAGAAAAUUCUCGCUGAGAACAAUAUAUCGCCAGAUGAUGCUGUUAUCGCUUGCAUCAACUCGCCCGAGAGUGUCACUUUGAGUGGCAAAUCUAAGCCUAUGAACGCUAUUCAUGGGAUUUUGAAGCAACGUUCAAUCCUGUGCAAAGAAUUGCCUACUGGCGGGAAGGCUUAUCAUUCCCCAAGCAUGAAAGAGGUUGGAUCAGGCUACAGUGAGGCUAUUCUAGAGGCUACAGCUCGCUCUAGCAAUGGUGCCCUGGCGCUUGCAAAUGGAGCUGACAAGGAGCAGAGGCCCGUGAUGGUCUCGUCGGUGACUGUGGACCAGCUCCAGCCAGGGGACAUUAAUGGAAGCUAUUGGCAGAAGAAUUUGGAGCGUCCUGUUCUUUUUGAUCCCGCUAUGAAGCAUCUUCUUGGUCUUCAAUUUGGUCCAGAGGAACGCCACGUUGACUGCCUCAUUGAGAUAGGGCCUCAUAGUGCCCUCAAAGGUCCUAUUCGCCAGAUUAUUGCUUCGGCUGAAGUUGGAAAUAUUUGGAAUGUGAGCCUGGGAAUUGCUCCCAAGGUGACAUAUGACCAGACUCUAGAGCGUGGACACGAUGCCGAAGACGACAUGUUGCGACUUGCAACUAGCCUCUUCAUAAAGGGCUACCCACUCGAUCUACUUCACAUCAAUGGCCAUACCACGUACCGUCCCACCAAGAUCAUCCUUGACCUUCCCAAGUACCCAUGGAACCACGAGACGCCGCAGCCAUUGAUCGUCAAUCGCUCUACUCAGGACUAUAAAUUUGCCACUCACCCACGACACGAUUUGAUUGGCAGUCGGUUGCCAGGGGGAAACCGCAUGGAGCCUAUCUGGAGAAAUUACCUUCGCCUAGACGAUGUACCCUGGAUCAAAGACCAUGUGAUUGGAAGUGCCAUCAUCGUACCUGGUGCAGCAUAUCUUGCAAUGGCUGUCGAAGCAGCAGCCCAGUUUGCUGAAGAUACCAUGCUCGGUGGUCCAGCAUUCCACUUCGAGGAUGCAAAAUUUCAUCUUCACACUGUGACAAUAAAGGCAGCGCUUGUUCUUCCAGCCAGUGGCACUGCCGAUAUCAUGAUUAACCUACGGCCCACGGAUGCCUCCGUAACAUCCAACAGAUUUGAGUUCAAGAUCUGCUCAGUGGCGGAUGAACGAUGGAUUGAGCACGCUCAGGGUAUUGUUUCAUUCGAGAUGACGCAUGGAAAGAAGACGAACAAAAUCCCUUUCAACAAUGAGACGGAAGAACCCAUCUUUGAGCAGACGUUCAGCAAAGAUGUCUGGUAUGAGCGACUGAAGUAUCGUGGCUUUGACUUUGGCCCCCUGUUCCGCAUUAUCGAUGAGAUCGAAGUUCUGCCUCAUGCUUCCCGUGCUUGUGCAAAAGCACCUAUACUCAAGACUGCCGAGAAAACCACACCAUAUGAAUCUCGAUAUGCGGUCCAUCCUUUGACUAUCGAUGCUGUUCUUCAAGGGCGUGUAGCUUCCGUGUACACCAGCCGGGCCGAUCAAGAGGCAGCCACCCAAAUACCCGUAUUUAUCGAUGAGAUGACAAUUAGCCCAUCUUCAUGGGCGAAGAAUCAGACGGGCACCAUCGACAGUGUUGCGUGGACUGAGGGUGCUCGCAGCGGCGGUUCUCACUCAACUUUGACUACAGAUAGCGGCUAUGAGAUCAUCUCGGCGCGCAAUGUAAAAUGGCGACAAUUCGAGAACCAAGGAAGCCAGGAGAAAAUGAACAAAGAAGCCACGCGUGAGCCAUACUAUCGCUUACAGUGGAAGCCAGACAUGGAUUUCCUGGACACAGAUGGGGCCCAUAGCCUGUAUCACAGUGAUUUCCACUCACCGUCUGCAGCAGCGUAUCUGGAUGAAGUCUACAACAUUCGCACGCGACUGGAGACGGUGACAGUUUUGUACAUCUGUGGCGCCCUGGAAAUGUUCCGUCGGGAUGACCUUCCCACAGAUCCAUCAUUGAAGUGGGUUCACGGAUUUUACAACUGGAUGUGCCACGUAAAAGCUGAAGCGGCAGCGGGACGCAUGAUUCUGUGUGAGAGAAACGCUACGAGUCUGGAUCUUCAGCAACGAGAGCAGCGUAUCGCGCAACUUCUGUUGGAGUUACCGGGAGACUUCCCCCAGCUAGAGUUCAACGCCAUCAUCUAUAAGAACAUGGUUGAGAUACUCACCGGCACAGUUUCUGGCAUCGAUUUGGCUGUUAAAGCAGAGAUACUGGCUCGCGUAUAUGCGGACGGGUCAAUCCACGAUGCGGCACGCAAGAACCUAGCAUCGGUGGUGGAUAUUCUGGCGCAUAAGAAUCCCACUAUGCGUGUGCUAGAGGUUGGUGCCGGUACAGGUAGCUGCACUAGCAUUGCGCUAGAUGUUCUCAAUGUUUACGAUCGUGAUAUGCCUGGCCAUCAUGCCAAGCGCUAUCAUGACUACACCUUCACCGAUAUUUCACCGGCCUUUUUCGAGAAGGCCGAGGAGUUGUUCAGCGCGUAUCCGCCUAUGAAUUACAAAACAUUCGACUUGUCGGUAGAUGCCGCUGAGCAGGGUUUCGGCCUCGGUGAAUACGACCUUAUCCUCGCUUCCAACGUGAUGCACGCUCCAGGAAACACGGAUCAACUGCUUCAGAACUGCAGCCGCCUACUAAAGCCAGGCGGCAAGCUUGUGAUGCUGGAAAUAACACAAACAGGUAGUCUUACCCCUGUACAGUUUGCCUUUGGUACACUGCCUAGUUUCUGGGAAUGUCUUGACGAUAUAGAUGCGGAUCGGCCACUAGGGCCCUUCCGUAAUCUCCAAUCAUGGGAGAACCAGCUGAAGGGAUCUGGCUUCACCGGUUUAGACAUGGUUUUGACAGACUUCCCUGAGCCAUUGGCCCUAGAGAGUGUGAUGGUUGCCAGCAGUGUCAAGGAGCCCGAUGUGAUGAGAAUUGGCCGUGUUGCUAUUAUUCAUUCAACAGCGCAAUACGAGCUAGCACGAGCCGUCGAGGAUGAGGUUACGGUGCGAUGGAGCCUCCCCAGAAAUUCUAUCGCACACUGGUCCCUUGAAUCAAUGCCUUCUAUCGAGCUGAUCGAUGAAGGUGAUACCACGUAUAUUGUGCUCGAAGAGCUACAAAAAUCUGUGCUCGUGGACAUGCGAUCGGAGCAGUUCGACGGCUUCAAGAGACUUGUCUCGUCAGCUUCAAGCAUUCUGUGGAUUACUGGCGGCGAUUUGACCGUGGGCAAAAACCCGACACUAGCAAUGGCCCAUGGAAUUAACACCGUACUGAUGAACGAAAACUCGAUACGCAACCUCAAAUUUGCAACUUUUGAUAUCGAUGAUACAAGCGCCGCUAAGUCAUUUGAUCUCGCUAAGCCUAUUACGGAUGUCUGGACUACAGUUGUCACAGCCGCCAACAGAGCGACGUGUGAGACGGACUUCAUCCUCAAGGACGGUAUCAUCUAUAUCAGUCGUGUCGUCCCCGAUAUGGAGCUGAACGAAGAGUUCACUCUAGACACGGGAACAGGGAGAGAUGAACAAGAUUUUCCAACUUUCGGUAAUGUCCAGAUGGCACUGCAGACUCCAGGUCUUUUGGAUACUGUGUAUUUCCGAGAAAAACCAACAUGUGACAUUGCACUUGGCGUCGAUGAGGUUGAGAUUGAGGUGAAGGCUGUGGGAUUGAAUAUGAAGGACUAUGUCAUUGCAAUGGGCAACUUUGAAAGUGUCAAGUCGAGCAACGAGAGCACUGGUAUUAUUUCUAGGGUUGGAGAGGACGUCACUCACCUCCAGCCUGGCGACAAGGUCAUAUGCUUGGAGCGCGGAUACUAUGACACCUUCCUUCGCAGCCCGGUACAGAAGUGCCUCAAACUCGGCAACGAUGCCGACCUUGUAGAGAUGGCUACCGUGGGAAUCGCCUAUGGAACUGCAAUAUAUGCGCUAGACUAUCUAGCCCAUUUAGAAGCCAACGAAACAGUGUUGAUUCAGGCCGCCACCGGUGGUUUGGGGCUUGCGGCCAUCCAAUAUGCCAAGUACGUGGGAGCUGAAAUCUACGCCACAGUGGGAACACAGCAAAAGAAGGACUAUCUCAUCUCUGAGUGCGGAAUCCCCGCAAAUCAUAUCUUCUGGUCCCGAACUCUAGAGUUCAAGGAUGAACUACUGAAGCAGACACGAUGUCGCGGUGUUGAUGUUGUCCUUUCAACCAUCUCUGGCCCCGGGUUCCACGAGAGCUUAAAAUGCCUAGCACCAUGUGGAAGGCUUAUUGAUGUUGGACGUGGAAACGUCUUGGACAAGGGCAAUAUGGGGCUGUAUGCUUUUGAUCGGAGCAUCAGUUUCUUCUCCUUUGAUCUCAACUUUGUCCUGGAGGAGAAACCGAGAAUUGCCGAACGGCUUUUGGCAGAUGCGAUGAAGCUCCUCCGAGAAGGCAAAAUCCACCCAAUUAGACUGGAUAAGACGUUCCAUAUUACCGAGAUGGAGAAGGCCCUUCGAUACUUUGGUCAAGGACAGCACAUUGGUAAGAUUGUGCUAACUUACGGCCCAACUUCACAAAAGGUCACACUCAAGGGCGCUCUCCGGCCUCGCGGCAUCAGCAGCAGCAACAGCUAUGUGCUCGCAGGUUGUCACGGUGGGCUGGGCCACAGCAUGGCGGAUGCCCUGAUUGAGCACGGAGCCAAGAACCUUGUCUUCCUGGGUAGAUCGAGCGAGAGCAAGGCAGAAAUCGCUUCCUUUUGUAGGCGAGCACGGGGAAAUGGCGUGAAUAUAGUGACGAUUCAAGGUGAUGUCUCCAAGAUGGAAGAUGUUGAGCGAGCUGUGGCUCAGGCCGUCUCAAUGGGCCCGCUCAAAGGGGUUGUACAUGCAGCUAUGGUGCUACAGGACGCUUUCUUUGACUCCAUGACUCUGGAACAAUUCAACACUGCCGUUCGUCCCAAGGUAAACGGCGCCAUAAACCUACAUAAUGCCACCAUUAAUGUCAACGCGAAUCUUGAUUUCUUCUUCAUGACGAGCUCAACAGUCACAUACGUUGGUCACAUCUCGCAGUCCAACUAUGCAGCAUCCAACGCGGUGCUAGACAACCUAGCACGGCAGCGCAUCAGCAACGGCCUACCAGCAGCCACAGUCUCACUGGGGCCGAUCAAAGGCGUGGGCACGCUGAACCGCAAGCCUGAGUAUGCCGAGAACCUGUUGCGGUCGGGACUGAUUGAAGCCGAAGAGUCAGAGUUUAUCCGGCACUUCAACCGCUUCACGCACCCGCAGCUCAAGUCAAAGCACUUUGACAGUCUCACGCAGGGUCACAUUCUCACUGGAGUUGAGUACUCCAAGCACGACCUCAGCUUGGUUCAGGUCACGCGCAUAGAACAGGAUCGCCGCUCAGCGCUGCUAGUCACAACACUCGAGUCGCGCAAAGCUGCCGGCAGCAGCGGUGGUGUGAUAGUCGAUGCCAGUGGUGAUGACCUACUGAUAUCCGAAAUUCCUGAUGACCGCGACAAGGCGGUUAUCGUACUGGCAGAGGCUGUUUCACAGCGGCUGGCCAAGCUCAUGUUCAUCUCCAUCGAGGACAUCGAUAUCAGCCGUCCAUUUUCUCAUUUUGGUCUCGAUAGUAUGUCCGGCAGCGAGCUGAUCCAUUGGCUGAGCCAAAAGUUCGGUGUGGGCAUGUCAUUUUUGCAACUGCUGGCUCCCUCGUGCUCGCCCAAGAGUCUAGCAGGGACUAUCUUUGACGCCCUUAAGAUGAAGGCAGCAGCGGCAGAAAUUUCAGCCCUGGCUAUCGUGGGUGGCACGUCUCACGAAUCUCCAAACGAAUCUCUUGUGUCUAAUGGCGUGAACGGUUCCACUGGUAUGAAUGGUUCUAGUGGUAUAGAUAGUAUUUCGGCUGGAUCUCAGAUGGAAAAGUUCUCUCGGUCAGUAAGAAGAGCAAUUGCCGAUUCAAAGCCAGUCAUGCAUUCUUAUGUAUGCUCAGUCGUCAACAAGAAGGGUGAACAACUCUAUACAUUGUCCGAAGGCACAUUGUCACAGGAUUCCAGUACGAAAGUUGACUUUGACGCGGUAUACGGAAUGGCCUCUCUCACCAAGCUCAUGACCACAGUCGCCAUCAUGAUUUGUGUCGAUCGCGGGCAGAUCUCCCUCGAUGAUGAUAUAGCUCUAAUCCUUCCGGAUCUGUGUGCUCUCCCGGUUCUGGAUGGUGUCGAUUCGGAGGGCCGAUGCUUGAUAAAACCCCGGACUAAGACCAUUACACUUCGAUUGCUAAUGAGCCAUCAAAGUGGCUGUGGUUAUCAUUCAAGUCCUCCGCUGGCGAGAUGGGCGAGACAGAAUGGCAAGACUAACAGCGUCUUUGACAAUGACUUUGAAGUCAUGAAGACCUAUCCACUCCUCUUUGAGCCCGGAGAGGGCUGGAUGUAUGGCUCUGGGACCGACUGGGCCGGCGAGGCCAUCGCACGAAUCAACAACACCACACUCGAGGAGUUUAUGCGAUCUAACAUCUGGGAGCCACUAGACAUGGCCUCGACCACUUUCCAUCCUGAGCUGCACCCAGGCAUGAUGGACCGCCUCGUCACGAUGUACGAGCGCACAGACGACCACGGUCUAGAGCGAGGCACCUGGCUCUCGCACAUCCCAGCCCAGCAUGACUGCGGUGGCCACGGUCUGUGGUCAACACCGCGCGACUGGACAAAGUUCCUCGGCAUGUUGCUCGCGGACGGUGGAUCCAUACUCUCCAAAGCCAGCGUCGAUGAAAUCUUCCAACCACAGACCAUUGGCUCGAGUGAUCUACAGGAGCUGCUGACGGGCCCGCUCCGCGCGUCCCUACGCUCUACGGUUGACAUGGAUGCCGGCCGUAUUGAAAUCGCGCUAGGUGGCCCACUGUAUAUGGAUGCCAUUCCUGGGAAACGUUCGGCGGGCACGCUACAAUGGGCCGGUCGGCCCAAUCUCUUCUGGUGGAUUGACCGGGUCAAGGGUAUAGCGGCCGCGACGUUUACUCAGGUUAUAUCACAGGCUGAUGCCAGAUUCGAGGAGUUGACCAGCGAAUUUGAAAUGGCGGUAUAUGCGGAGUUCACUUAG